AUGGUUAGGGAAGGAAUAGUGCUGGGACACUUAGUGUCUGAAAGAGGAAUUGAGGUAGACAAAGCUAAAAUUGAAGUAAUUGAACAACUACCUCCACCUGUGAAUAUAAAAGGAAUUCGAAGCUUUCUUGGCCAUGCUGGUUUUUAUCGUAGAUUCAUAAAGGAUUUUUCAUUCAUUGCUAGACCACUUACUCUUUUGCUAGCCAAGGAUGCUCCUUUCGAAUUUGAUGAUGCAUGUCUAACAUCUUUCAAUUUAUUAAAGAAAGAACUCAUCUCUGCACCAAUCAUUCAACCCCCUGAUUGGUCGUUGCCUUUUGAAAUUAUGUGUGAUGCUAGUGAUUAUGCUGUGGGGGCAGUAUUGGGACAAACUAAAGAUAAGAAGCAUCAUGCAAUUGCUUAUGCCAGGUAUGUACCACCAGGAGCAAACAAGAAGAAGCUUAUUCAAGAAAGCCGUUCACAUAUAUGGGAUGAGCCAUACCUCUUCCGAGUAUGCUCUGACGGCUUACUCAGGAGAUGUGUGACCACUGAGGAGAGAUGUGGGCCAUGUCAAAGGCACGGAAACAUAAAUACAAGGGAUGCAAUGCCACUCACCAACAACCUUCAGAUUGAGCUCUUUGAUGUCUGGGGAAUAGACUACAUGGGUCCAUUUCCUCCAUCAAAGAAGUGUGAGUACAUUUUGGUGGCGGUUGACUAUGUCUCCAAGUGGGUAGAAGCAUUACCUUGCAAGCAUGCCGACAACGUCAGUUCAAAGAGGAUGUUUGAAGAAAUUAUAUUUCCAAGAUUUGGAGUCCCCAGAGUAGUGAUAAGUGAUGGAGGAGCACACUUCAUCGACAAACGCUUCAAGCAAUAUCUAUCAAGACAUGGAAUCCGUCACAACGUCGCUACCCCCUAUCAUCCUCAGACAAGUGGCCAAGCAGAGACUUCCAACAAACAAAUCAAGAAUAUUCUUCAGAAGACAGUAAAUGAAAUGGGAACGGCGUGGAAAGACAAGUUACCCGAUGCACUCUGGGCAUACCGGACAGCAUACAAGACCCCAAUUGGAAUGUCUCCAUACCAAUUGGUGUACGGGAAGACUUGCCAUCUACCUGUUGAACUAGAGUUCAAAGCACACUGGGCCAUAAAGAGAUGGAAUAUGGACCUAGAUGUUGCUGGAGAUUAUAGAAGAAUGCAACUAUCAGAAUUGGAAGAAUGGCGAGAGAAGGCAUAUCACAAUUCAAAAAUCUACAAAGAAAGAGUCAAGAGGUGGCAUGACAAGAGAAUCAAGAAGAAGGAAUUCACACCCGGAGAUAAGGUAUUACUUUUUAAUUCCAGGGUAAAGCUUUUCGGGCAUGGAAAACUCCGGAGCAAAUGGGAAGGAAUCGGAGACGUGGAUCGGGCAACGAUGUAUGUGUCACUGGCGCCCGGUAUGGAACCUCCGGCCGGAGUGGGUCCUCCAGCGGUCAUCGCUGCUCGGUGUGACCAAUACACCAGCAGCGACGAGGAGGGGAGCCGUCGAGCGUCGACCACCGACGACAGGGUGGCCGGUAAGAGGCCAAUGGCUGCGGAGCCAUCUGCAGCAGAGGCAGUGCCAGCAGCUCGUGGGGAUCACUGGGCCGGCCACGAGGAGAUCGCCGAGACCGAGGAGGCGGAGAGGGUGGAGCGUGCUGCUAAGUGGCUCGUCAAUGAAGUUAAGGAUGCAAUGAAAACGGCGAAGUACCGGAAAAGGUGCUUCAACCAAAUUGAGGGCGUGGUUGCCAAAAAUAAGGCCCUGACCGCGGAGGUGGACCGCCUUCGGCUAGAGGCCAAAAGGGAGGCGGUCGAGAAGGAGGAGAUCGAGCGUCUCCGAAAGGAGAGAGAUCAGCUCGACCAGGAGCGUGCUUGUGCGCUGGAAAGCGAGGGCAAGGUUGGUGAGGAGCUGAAGACCAGGAGCCGGGAGCUGGCUGUGCUCAAGGCCAACGCCAAGAAGCACGUUGAGGACCUGGUCAAAGAUCGGGACUCCUAG